AAGUCCUAGGCUCUGUGGUUUAACCCACAGCGCCGCCCAUAUCCCCACAUGCCACUGGUGGGUCAGGCCAAAAGCCAAAGUGGAAAAGCAUUGACUGUAUGUAAAUUUUACAUUUUUAUAGCAAGCUUAUUUCUACACACACUCACACACCCCUCUCUCUGUCUUCCAUCCAGACAAGCAAGGAGGAUCACCAGAGUGCAAAAACAAAUACUAGCCAGGCAAAAAUACUCAGGGAUGUAAAGCAGAGCUGGUGAGGGUUGUGACCUGGGCAGAGAGGAUAUUGCAAGGCAGGGUGUGUGUGGUCUGGGACAGUCCCAAGGGCCAGAUAGAUGCCUGAGUGGGAGGCUGCAUUUAACCCCAGGUUCCCUACCUGAGCUAGAAUGCAAGCAUAGAUAGGAGAGUCUAGUAUAUGCAAAGUUAUUUAACUGCAUUAAUAAAAUAUUUGCAGCAUGGGUGUAGCCGGGGGGAAGGGGGGCAGCUGCCCCCCCAUCAAGUAAAACAAUAGAAAUAGCUAACUGACAAAUCACAAGGUUCUGCCUCCUAACAAAAAUCCUGCCCCCCCCCAACAAAAAUCCUGGCUACGCUCAUGAUUUGCAGUGCUUGCCAGUUAUUCAGUACCUUGCCAUUCAGUGGGCAGAAAACUGAAUGGUGCAAACAGGUUUACUGCUUAGCGAGCAGUUGCGCAGACUACUGCCUGCACACUUUUCUCCACAUGUAAUCUCUAACCAUGAGUUGAAGGCUUCAGCAUGGGUCUCCCAAGCCUUUUUUAUUAUUAAAAAAAAAAAGCUUAGGGAAAGGCGGCAGACUGCUACAUGCCCCCAGCUAUAAUUACAAUGCAAAGAGGGUAUGUCAGAAGAUGCACAACUAGGAGUGGGGGGAGCCGUACCUAUUGAAAUUCCCAUUGUUUAUAGAGCAGAGAGGCCACGUCCUGUUUUGCUUGUCAAUAUUAAAUUCACGAGGCAGAGUGAUAAUAAGGCUUGGUGCAUUGUGAAUCAAGUUCGAUAAAUGGUUUGUUUUGUCACUUGGCAGAAAAGAAGCGCGCUUAAAAAAAAAGUAAGGGAAGGGGCUCUCAUAGGCGUAGCCAAGGGGGGCAGCUACUCCCCACCCCCGAUAAAGUAAAACAAUACAAAUAUUUAACUGACUGACCAAUCACGUCGGUUCUGUCCCACUAACUAAAGUCCUACCGCUCCUAACAAAAAUCCUGGCUACGCCCAUGGGGGCUCUGAUUUUAGUCGGCAUUUAUUAUUAUUAUUAUAUUUAUUUGUAUCCUGCCUUUUUCCCCUGAUGGGGAAAAUGAUGUAAAAAUGAGAACUGCUAAAUGCAUGGGCGGGGGAGGGGGGCAUCGUUAAGAAUAAAAGUGCAAAGCUAAACAUAUACCGUACAAAUAAUUACAAUAAAUAACAGUAUCUGGAGAAUCUGAUUCAUUUGCUUUUAAGGCGGAGGUGGGUAGCAAUGGGAUGAGCCAUCUGGGUGACUGAAAAUGAGCGCCUAAUAAUUGCAGAAUAGCCCUUCGAGCUCCCAGCCCCUCAAAAGCGCAUCUUCACCUGUCCCAUCCAGGCGGUACAGGAGCGCAGCGACCGAUAGCUUCCUGUAGCCAAUCAGCACAGAACUGCGCCGCGUUGCGACCAAUCCACGCCAAGCGGGGCGCGGCGAAGCCCAAGGGCGGGAGUGGAACGUGGGCUUCCGUAGCAGCUCGGGAAGCGCGGGAAAAGAGGCUGAGAGUCGCCUGGGCGCUUCUCGCGCUUCGGGCAGCCGCAUGGGGACAACCGCCUCUGCACGAGGGGAGGCAGGGUGCUUGCUCCGCCCAUCCAUCUCCCGCGAGGGAGGCGUGAGUGAGGCUGUUAGGCGGUUGGAGGAAAGAGGUUGUUGAGGGCAAGAUGGAGGGUUGGAAAAAUCAGGGUUUAAAGUGUGAGGAGGGGGAGAUGCCAUAAGAGGAGAGGUCUCUCUUCGCUAUUAUCCAUUUCCCUUGUUGAGUUGCAGCAGAGCCCCUGAUCAGCCCCACUGGAGCUCCUUUCAGUAUGAAUCCUUGUGGCAAGGGAGAAGAAAGAAAGGAGACUUCAGCCAGCUCUGGCUUACCCUGUUCUUCCCAUCACCUGAGAGCAUCCCCAACAGAGCAGCAUAGCAUUGAGGAGAAAUCUGUCAGGCUCAAACGCCGCCGAACAAGACGAGAGCGCAACUAUGUCAAGUUCGGCAGAAAUGCUACCGAUAGGAUCCCAGAACAAAGGCCCAACCGCAGGACGCUACAGAAGACGCUGCCCCCUUUCUGGAGCUCCCAGUUUAACACCUGUGCUAAGUCGACUCCCAUCAGACCCAUCAAAGGCAGCUGUGUUGCCAAACCUCUGAUUAUAACGCAGAACAGACUCUCUCAGCCCUUUGGCAUGUUUAACAGGGAGGUGAAAUCACUUAACAUAGAGAGAUUGUUGAGCCCCAGAGCUGAGCAAGAGGUCCUGGAGAUCACUCCUAUACAAAGAGACAGUGGCAUGGAGAUGUUGCUGGAAGAAGAGAUCCAGUCCUGUGACGCUGAUCAGAAAUCUAUUCCCAGCGAUCAGUUGAGAUGCAGUGGAAAGGACCCACGUGGAGUGAAUAAGGACUCUACAUCGAUUACACAGCAUCCUGUGGCCACUCCAGGUGCACCCCAGCCUUUAGCUGCACCUGCGGUUGUGGAGUUCAAUCAAGAGGAUUUGGAAACUGAGCCUUUUCAGGGCAAUGCCUUGAUGGACUUGAACGAAAAGGAAAACGUCCCUCCCGUCCCCACAGCAGAAACGGAGUCAGGCAAAGGCAAAUCUCCAGUAAGGGAAUUAGCCCAGGACCUGCAAAAACUCUUGGACCUCAAGGCAAUAUUCCCUGGGCGUAACUUAAUCAGGGAAACACGUCAGGCUGUUAUCAAUAUCCUGCUGGAACAGAAGAAAACACUCCCAGAUUUAUCUGCCUUGGCGCUGCUCAAGAAGUCUGCAGGUGGUUGUAACACUGAGACGCCCCAUGCAGAUUUCAAGAGCCCACCUGACAGGGACCAGAAGGAGUUGCUAUUGGGACAGAUGUCUAGCAAUGACAGCAGAAACUCUGACCAGGAGAUUUCUCUGAAAAAGCGGAGAGGACAAGCACAGUUCUUCCCCAGCAGCUUUUCUCCCUGUCCUGUACAUACAGUUAUAAGAAUGGCAGAAGAGAAGACCACCCAAAGAGAAGACUUCAGAUCCUUUCUUGAGCCACAGGCAUUUAGCCAGCACAGCUUUCCCUUGACAGCAGUUCAGCCACACUCCCAUCUUUCAUCUGCACCUUCCCAGCAUGUGAAUUUAGCCAGGAGCUCCUUUGCUGCAGAGGAACAACAUCUUUUGCAUGAUGCUUUAUUCAGAACUGCUCGGCGUUGGGAGCAAGGACUAGGGGAAGCCUUCUGUGAGUCCAGAAGCAGGCAAGAGAGGUCUGAAGUAGGCAGUAGACUACACACAAAGAAGAGUGCUUCCAAAAGGCAUUGCCUGCCUUUUGCUACCUAUGAUUCCUUGGGUUCAGUCAAUCUGAGCGUGGAUGGCAAAGGCACCAGCCAUUACUUCUUGACUGAUGCCCAGCAACAUUCCUGUGUCUAUGAAUUAAGCCCAGAUCAAUGGAAUUUACUAGAGAUGGAGCCCGCUCCAUUCCACAGCCCGCAUCCUUCGCAGGAGCCGUGCAGUUGCCAGCCUCUGGAUUUGGGGCUCAGGCCCACGGAGAGAGCUGCCUCUGAGUCUCAGACGUCCUUUGAUGUCUUAAGAAGCAUCUGGAGCCCUAAAGCGCCCAGUAAGGGAGCCAAACUCCCCGUGUCCCAAGCUCUGGGCCACCCUUGCCUGGCUCACCAGCCAGCCACUUCCAGAGAGCUGAACUCGGAACAAGGGCAGCCAAAUGAGUUUCUUCAGCUGUACAGCAUCGUCCCUCAGCAGCACUGCUCUUCCUACAGGCAAAACCCUCAGCAAGACAGAUAUAUGCUCAGCAAACACCCAUCACACGGGACUGGGUUGUUCUCUGUACUGGCAAAACCCAGAGCCUUCUGCCAGAAAGUCUCUGUAGAGCAAGGGAGAACCUCAAAUAGUUACCACUUCUGCGGACUGGCAGAGGUCUCCGAAAGAAUGCAAAGGAACAGAGACAAAGGGUGCUCCAGAUCCGGGAGCCAGACACGUGAUCUGAAGCGGCUGCUUCAAAUGGAAGAAGCCCAGCAGCAGCAGCUGCAGUUUUUCCAGCAGCUGCCUAUGUCGUAUUUCCCCCCCUCCGAGGCUCUAGAGAACAGAAACUCCCCUGACUGCGCCUUGCAAGGCCACCUGUUGGGACAGUCCACCCCGGAGCCCUGGGCUUUCCCCCGAAUGAAGUUGUACUGAAAGGGUGUGGGGAGCCAAAUUUCUGAAUGAGAGAGGCUUGGAAAAUGAGUGGAUGCUUGAUUGGUAUGAAAAGGAAAGCCAAGGUGAUCGCUUGGAAGGGCCAUUUGCUACUUUUUACCUAAAAUCACAACACGCCUCUCCAAGAACCCAGAGAACUGUAGUUCACUCCUCACAGAGCUUCCAUUUCCAACACUUUUAACAAGCUACAGUUCUCGGCAUUCUGUGUGGUGCGUGUGCAACCACACACUCGCAUAGUUCUGUGAUUUCUUUUUAUUUAAAGCACAUUUGUUUUGGGCCACUUAGAAGGCACAAAACUUUUCUCUUUCUAUUCCGGGUAUGACAGCCCAUCCUUUACAAACAUGAAGCGUAGGUUUGUUGUCUCAGUGUACCCAACAAGACACAUGGGAUAAAGUCACCUGUUUCCAUUAGAUUGCCAUAUUUCAAGAGAGUAAAACUGUUCCUUUGCUUUUUCUUUUUUUAAGAGAGAGAAGGGAAUUAACUGAGGUCUCGAAUGUUUUGCUAGUGUAGGAAUAA